AUGAGUAUCUUCGUGAUCGACGACUAUGGUAAACAAUCUGAUGCGUACGCCAACUUAGCAGGUUUAGCAGUCUUGGCAUUUGACUACUGUAUCACACUCGACGACGAGGUAAGGUGGGUGUGGGGACGAAAAUGGGACGCUGGCAGAUGUAUCUUUACGCUGGCUCGGUACUUCCCGUUCCCCGGUUUAUCAUUGACUAUCUUCGCUGCAUUCCAAGCUGUUUAUUUCAAACAGUGUAACGAUACCGUUAUCAAUGGUUACGUCUCAAAUGAAACGAUUCCAUAUUACUAUGGCCCAUCUGUGACCACCAUCCACAUCUUCGUCUCUUCCACCGACGGUCCAUUCUUUCUCGCAAUAUCUUACGACUUGAUGCCGACGCGAUGGGCACGCGUGUCAACCUUCAUGGGUGGGCAAUCAAGACUCUUGGUGAGCACGACACGGGUCACGAUGAUGAACACCAUCGCCGGCGUGGGCAAGUACACGAUUGGGUGUGACGCAUAUCGAGAUCCUCGCGAUCACGCCCGUGCCCUCCAGCGGCGGUGUCCCCCUGCUGUGGUGCAGACUGCCCUCGCGGUGGGCGACAAACAGAGGGAGCUCGCGUUGAAACGGUCGCCGCACGCGAAGGCACUGGCACGUGCACGUGCACUUGCAGACAUGGUCCAUAUCAAGGAGAGCCAGAUCGGCGCUUACAACCAGAUGAACAUUGACGCACUUGCACCGCCCCUGCGCCUCGCGUUUCCUCGAUUCGAGGCCCCGGUAACAGCAGUGGUACGAGACCGGAGGAGCGAGCGGACAUCUAUCGUAUUCGUCUCGCGAGAGGAGCCUCGACUGACAAUUCCCGCCGCGGCGCUCAAGAACAGGCGUGUCCUCACGUCUUGCCAUGUAUUUGAUAUCGACGAGAUAGAUGAUGGUGGCGGCAGCGACUCUGCGCCGGCUCCACCGAAGAAUCUUCAGGUAGUGGGCGGUUCAGAGGGUCGGUUGUAG